AUGACCAACAAGAAAGUCUAUAUUACCCGCCGCAUCCCCAAACCGGGCUUCGACAAGCUAGCCGAAGGGUUUGAAGUGGACUUCUACGAUAGCGAUGAUGCCAUUCCUCAUCAAGUGUUAGUGGACAAAUUGAAGACGAAACGUUACGAUGCCCUGUUGUGUAUGCUCACUGAUCAAAUAGAAAAAGAGGUUUUAGAUGCAGCAGGCCCCCAGUUGAAAAUCGUGGCCACAAUGUCGGUGGGCUACGACCAUAUCGACCUACAGGAGUGUGCGGCCAGGAACAUUUUGGUUGCCAACACUCCAGGUGUGUCUACAGACAGUGUGGCAGAGCUGACGGUGUCCCUCCUGUUGAUGACAGCAAGGAGAAUACAGGAAGGUGUCAGUGCUGUGAGAAGCGGACAGUGGGGAGACUGGAAACCCAAGUGGCUGUGUGGAACCGAACUCACCGGCUCCACCUUAGGGAUCUACGGCCUGGGAAGAAUUGGCUUCAAUGUUGGUCGUCGACUGAAACCGUUUGGAUUCAGUAAAAUCUACUAUGUUGACGUGCAGGAGGUCAGCUACGCUAGAGACAUUGAUGCUCAGUUCACAGACUUUGAAGGACUUAUCAAAAACUGUGAUUUCAUCUGUGUCUGCUGCAACUUGACACCCCAGACCCGGCACAUGUUCAACAAGGAAUCCUUCAAGAGAAUGAAAAAGAACGCCAUCUUAAUCAACACCGGCCGUGGCGGGGUCAUUGACCACGACGCCCUGGUGGAAGCCCUGAAAAAUGGCGACAUUCAAGCUGCCGGCUUGGACGUCACCGAGCCAGAACCUCUACCCAAAGAACACCCGCUUGUGGCAAUGAAUAACUGCGUAAUUCUGCCCCACAUGGGAAGUAACACCUGGGAUUCUCGUAAUGCCAUGGCGGAAAUUGCGGCUCGAAACUGUCUCGCCGCCAUAUCUAAUAAAACACCCGAAGGAAUUGUCUUUGUCCAGUGA